AAAAGAGAAAAAAGACACGCAACCCAGGCCCUCGAACUCCACUCGCCGCUUUAACGGAAAAAACGCGAAGCGACAAACUCCGAACCAUUACUACGCCUUUAGCUCCUAGGAAUUGAAUGUCGAAUCUACCAUACAGCCAACGACCUGAAUGGAACGAUGUUGUACCUGUAGCGCAGGACGACGGUCCUAAUCCACUGGUUCCUAUUGCUUAUGCUGCCGAUUACAGAGAUGCCAUGGACUAUUUUCGGGCUGUAAGUCGAACAGAAGAAAAGUCGCAGCGCGUACUGGACCUUAUCGCCGAUAUUAUCGACAUGAAUCCUGCACACUAUACAGUGUGGCAAUAUCGUCAAGAGGUUUUGUUGGGUAUUGGUGCGGAUCUGCGACAGGAGCUCGAGUAUGUCGAUGAAGUUGUUAGGGAACAGGCUAAAAACUAUCAAGUGUGGCAUCACCGACAAGUGAUUGUGGAUAAGUUGGAUGAUGGAUCAAAUGAAUUGCCUUUCAUUAAUGCCAUCUUGGAUGAAGACUCCAAAAAUUACCACGCUUGGUCAUAUCGACAAUGGGUAGUAUCACGGUUUGACCUAUGGGACCAAGAGUUCCAAUAUACCGAUGACCUGCUCGUAUUUGAUAUCCGGAAUAACUCUGCAUGGAACCAUCGCCAUUAUGUUUUAUUUAAUCGACCAAAAGGUGCAUCACAAGCAGAUAUUGAUAGUGAGAUUGAAUUCACAAAAAAGAAAAUACAGCAAGCACCGAAUAAUUCAAGUGGAUGGACUUAUCUUAACGGAUUACUUGAAGCAUCUGAGGAACCGCUUAACCAGAUCGAACCAUUUCUUAAAGAACUGCAGGCAAAGGAGAUUCAUUCUCCACAUUUGUACUCUACAUUCAUUGAUGUGCUGGAGCAUAAUGCAAAGAACAACUCUGCAUCUAUUGAUGCUGCAGCUUUACAGAUGUGUGAUGAUCUUGCCACCAAAUACGAUGUGAUCCGACGGAAUUAUUGGUUAUACAAGAAAUCUCAACUAGCAGCAUGA